CCUACAAAAUCCCAUCUUAGGCGAGAAACACAAACAAAUAGUUAUAAAUAUGUAUAAACAAAUACAAAUAUUUAUAAACAAAUAUAUAUAAAUAAAUAUUCAUAAGCAAAUAUUUAUAAACAAAUAUAUAAACAAAUAUUUAUAAUAUAUAUAAUUAUAUAUUUGCCAUAUUUAAACAGCUGUCCACGCCGUAUGGACCUGCAAACUCAAUCUCCCUGUACAAGAACACACACUUGGGGUUAAACCGCAUUGGUUGGAUCUAAUCUAGAUUUAAAGUUUAGUUAUAAGUAGUUAUAAGUAGAUAUAAGUAGUUAUAAGUAGAUAUAAGUAGUUAUAAGUAAUAACCGUGACUUUACCGAAAGAAACCAAAGACUACGCCAUUGGUUGGACAACUGUGGGAAGGUGUCGUGUGUGGGAUCAUUUGACCAUACUUCUCCACACUAUUGUCAGUGAGGGGGACCUGGGCCUUCGUGUCUCUGCUCCAUGGCCCAUCAUCAUCAGGCAACGAUAUUCGUCAAGGUGCAACAGCAGAAGCUGCAGAAGCUGGUGGCAGAAACCAUGCAGUUGAAGGCAUUGCUGCCCAAGGUGGUGCAUGGUGACAUCCUGCAGGCCACCACCAAGCUGGGACACCUUGAGAUGGUUUUGGAAGAUAGAGACAAGGAAGUGGAGAAACUGCGUGUGGAUUGUGAGCACCUUCGAGCAAAGUUGGACAUUGCAUUAGGGGACUGUCAAAAGGAGAAGGAGGACAAGUUGCAGGCCCGGCGACAGCUGUCUGAUGCACAGCGGCAGCUGGAGCAGCAAGCGGAUUUCUGCACGUCUCUGGGAGCGGUCGUGUGCACGCUUCUCUGGAGGGUUUCUCGCUCCGAGGCCAGCGUACAGUCAAUCCUUGUGGGGUGCAAGGUAAAAGAGUUCUUCACCCUCGCCAGCCAAACAGUGGAGAGCUACGUGAAAUCAUUGCCUGGCGACUUUAAGACUGAAGAUGGAGAGGAAAGCCAGUUUGUCUUGGCAAUGGCUGGCAUUGUUACAAAUAUUGCAGCCACUGCCUGCGGUCGGGAAUACUUGAUGAGCAUGCCUGGAGGGAAGACCAUUUUGGAUGUCUUUCUGCAGAUAUUAAUGGAGCUUUCAACCGGCCAGUGCAUCAAAUUCAAAACCCUCAUUUUAAUGACACUGUAUAAUGUCAGCAUCAACACUAGUGGACUCCAGUACCUGGCAGAAAAACAAGGGAUGGUCAAACUCCUGUGUUGGCUUUUAGAAGGUGAGCAGGAUGCAGAGCUACGUUGUCAGGCACUGCGCCUCAUCCAGUCCCUGCUGCUAGAGCCCGGCACCAGCCAGGAAGUGGCAGAUGGUGUGCGGGCCUGCUUGCCAGAGCACUUCCUGCAGUCCCUGUUGGCCAACCGGCACGUUGAGCUUCGUGACGCCGCGAAGGAGCUCCACGAAGACCUCCAGGCCAUCCACAUUAAGGGCUAGACUUUUGUUCAGGAGCCCACAGUAAUAUCCAGUUAUCUGACUAUUAGAUUAUUUGUUGGGAAAAUAAACUGCAUGGUCUUAAAGUAUAAAGCCAAGGUCUGAAGCACACAGACGUUUUUGAAAACGGUUCAAAAGGAAAAAAAAUCUGAAUUGUUGAUUCAUCAUUUUGUGUUCAGCAACUGAGGAAAAUUGACGAACUGGCAGUGGAUUGGUAUUAAACUUGGAUGACAUGUUUUUCU